CGUCGCUCAGGCGCCCGCGCCGCUCGCCGCCGGGAUGGUGGGGCGGGCGCCGGGGGGCGCGGGCAGCCGCGGCCCCGCAGCGCCCACAGCCCGGACGGCGCCCGGCGCGGCAGCGCGGCGAGCCACGGCCGGCCAGGUCCGCUUUGUGUCUCAUCAUUUCCUUUCUCCAGUCCAACCUUUACGGCUCCAAAAAUAUUUGAAAGUGUGAUUCAAUGGGGAUUCCUGAGUGGAGGAUUCCUGAAUAGGGAUGGUUGUAACCUCAGGUUUAACAGCUUGAAUCACAGCCUGCAGGACCAAGAGGAAGAGAGAGUCAAGGAUGGAGCAGUUACCUUCAGACAAGUGAUUGUGGUGAUCCUCUUCUUCCUUCUAACCAUAAAUAUGGCUGAACUUUCAGAGCCAGAAGGUACUGUAAACUGGAAGGAAAGGUGUUUAACUCUGGAGUCACAGUUAAUGAAAUUUCGUCUCCAGGCAAGCAAGAUCAGAGAAUUGUUAGCAGAAAAGAUGCAGCAGCUUGAGAAACAAGUUAUAGAUGCUGAUCGUCAAGCAGAGAGAGCUUUUCAGCAGGUGCAGGUCAUGGAAGAAAAAUUAAAAGCAGCUAAUGUUCAAACAAGCGAAUCAGAAACCAGGUUGUAUAAGAGAUGUCAAGAUCUGGAGAUCCUGAUACAAGAUAAAAACGACAUAAUACAAAAAUUGGAGCAACAACUUGCAGAACAGAAGCAAAUAAGACUGCAAGAAGCAAAAAUAAUAGAAGAAAAAGCAGCUAAAAUAAAAGAAUGGGUGACAGUCAAGCUCCAUGAGUUAGAGGUGGAAAAUCAGAACCUUCGCUUGAUCAACCAAAAGCAAACCAAAGAGAUGAAAACAGUACAAUCUAAACUGCAAGAAGCUACGGGCAAGAAAUCUGUUACUUCAGCACAAAAACCUGGAGAGUGUCAGCGACUAAGCAGUUUGACUUUUGGAUGCUUUUCAAACAGAGCAAGAAGUCCUCAACCAUCUCCUCAGCUUGAAGAAAUAAGCAAGUCUUCAUCUAAAGAGUCAGACUACACUGAAGGCAAAACCGUGCUAGAGAAGGAUAUCCUGGAAACUACCUUCGCUGGGCCUGCACAUGAGAGCAAUACAGGUCAGAAGUCAUUGCAACAAAGUUCCCCGGGAUCAGAGCAGAACAAAAAUGUGAGAACGAGCUGUUCAUCCAAAGAUAUAGACAGCGACAUGUCAAAGAACUCCUGCACUACCGGGAGUGACUGGAGCUCAGACGAGGAUGGAGGAGAGAAUAAAGGACUGAAAUCCAGGUGUGCAUCGACUCUCUCAAGCCACACAUCUGAAGAGAACGCAAGGUACAGUAGAAUGGGGAGUGAAAUGUAUUUGACAGCAUCUGAUGACAGCAGUUCUCUGUUUGAAGAAGAGAGUUUUGGUGUUCAGAGGACUCAGCACAAGAAGUUAUACUCUUGGCAGCAGGGGUCCCAAAGAAAAGGACAGAACAAUCUGGGUGGAAAGUGCAACUCUGAUUUUACAAGUAAAAAGAAAGACCAAGAUAGUUCCUCAGAUGAACUGAAUAAGAAAUUUCAGUCUCAGAGGCUAGAUUAUUCAUCCUCAUCCAGUGAGGCAAAUACCCCAAGUCCAAUUUUAACCCCUGCUCUGACACCCAAACACCCAAUUCUAGCAACUUCUGCAGGUUCUCAGUGCACAACGCCAUCAGAUUCUCCCUCAAGUUUGCCACCUCCAAAGUUACGGACUCUUAAUGUGUUUAGUAUAAAUUCAGCAUUAGCAAAGAAACAUCUAAGCCAGCCCCAGCUGAGUUCUGACAGAAUGUUUGGUAGAAAUAGAAAUGCCAUAAGCAUGAUACGUCCAUGGAGACCUCAGGAAACAGACAUUGAUCUGGUGGAUGGAGAAGAUACUGGUAUUUCGGAGAAAAUGGAUAUUGGGUGUGAUGAAGGAGUGUUUACCUAUGACUGCACUGAAGCACAAAAUGCUGAAGUCCAGGAACCUUCUGAUACAACAAAAAAGGGUGCUAGCAACAAACCUCCAACCCCUCCAUUACAUCGAUUUCCUUCCUGGGAAAGCAGAAUUUAUGCUGUAGCCAAAUCUGGUUUAAGAAUGUCUGAAGCUUUCACCAUGGAAUCUCUUAACAAAAGUGCUGUUUCACUAACUUCAUACUCCAUAUCUGGACUGUAUACAUCUUUGAUAUAUAAGAAUAUGACCACUCCUGUCUACACCACUUUGAAAGGGAAAGCAACUCAAAUAAGCAACAGCCCAUUUAUAGAUGAUUCAUCAGGAUCUGAGGAAGAAGACAGCUCUCGGUCCAGCUCAAGGACUUCUGAGUCUGAUUGUCGAAGCAGGAGUGGUCCCGGUAGUCCUCGGGCUAUGAAACGAGGUGUGUCUCUCUCUUCUGUGACCUCAGAAAGUGACUAUGCUAUUCCUCCAGAUGCAUAUUCAGCAGAUACAGACUAUUCAGAGCCAGAGCAGAAACUUCCUAAGACCUCUUCCUCAUCUAGUGAUAAUGGAAAAAAUGAACCUUUGGAAAAAUCUGGAUAUCUGUUAAAAAUGGGUGGUAAAGUAAAGACCUGGAAGCGACGGUGGUUUGUGCUUAAAGGAGGUGAAUUACUAUACUACAAAUCUCCAAGUGAUGUCAUCCGAAAACCUCAGGGUCAAAUUGAGCUAAAUGCAUCUAGCCACAUCGAAAGGGGUGAUGGAAAACAAACAAUCCAGCUGACCACAGAAAAACGAACAUACUACUUGACUGCAGAUUCUCCCAACAUCUUAGAAGAAUGGAUCAAAGUACUACAGAAUGUUCUUAAAAUACAGGCUGCCAGUCCACUUUUCAUACAGCCUGAAAUCAAGCCAACCAUGAAGGGAUUACUUACAAAGGUGAAACAUGGAUAUUCCAAAAGAGUUUGGUGUACCCUAGUUGGAAAAAUUCUGUAUUAUUUCCGUAAUCAAGAAGACAAGUUUCCUCUUGGACAAAUCAAGCUUUCUGAGGUGAAGGUUGAAGAAGUUGAUAGAUCAUGUGAUUCUGAUGAAGAUUAUGAGGCUAGUGGUCGCAGCUUAUUAUCAACACAUUACACUAUUGUUAUCCACCCCAAAGAUCAAGGACCCACAUAUCUUCUUAUAGGAUCCAAACAUGAGAAGGACAUGUGGCGUUACCAUCUGACAGUUGCAGCUGGAAGUACCAGUGUAAAUGUUGGAUCCGAGUUUGAACAACUUAUUUGCAAAUUAUUAAACAUGGAAGGCGAUACCACUUCUCAGAUUUGGAGACAUCCUACACUUUGCCACAGCAAAGAAGGAAUCGCGUCUCCUCUUACAACACUGCCAUCAGAAGCCUUGCAAACUGAAGCAAUUAAAUUAUUUAAGACCUGCCAGUUGUUUAUAAAUGCUGCAGUUGACUCUCCUGCCAUUGAUUACCAUGUAUCUUUGGCCCAAAGUGCUUUGCAGAUCUGUCUUACACAUCCUGAACUUCAAAAUGAGAUCUGUUGUCAGCUUAUUAAGCAGACUAGACGUCGACAUCCACAAAACCAGGCAGGACCGAUACAGGGCUUGCAGCUCUUGGCUCUCUGCGUUGGACUUUUUCUGCCCCAGCACCCAUUCCUUUGGCUUCUUAAACUUCAUUUAAAGAAGAAUGCAGAUUCCAGGACUGAAUUUGGGAAAUAUGCAAUAUAUUGUCAGCGAUGUGUAGAGCGCACCCAGCAGAACGGAGACCGAGAAGCCAGACCUUCCAGAAUGGAAAUCCUUUCCACUCUUCUAAGAAACCCCUACCACCAUUCACUACCCUUCAGUAUUCCAGUUCAUUUCAUGAAUGGCAUAUAUCAGGUUGUUGGAUUUGAUGCAUCUACCACAGUGGAGGAAUUUCUGAACACCCUAAACCAGGAUACAGGGAUGAGGAAACCAGCUCAGUCAGGAUUUGCACUGUUUUCUGAUGAUCCCUCUGGCAAAGAUAUAGAGCACUGUCUUCAAGGAAACAUCAAGAUCUGUGACAUUAUUUCAAAAUGGGAGCAAGCCUCCAAAGAACAACACCCUGGGAAAUGUGAAGGCACAAGGACUGUCCGCCUUACUUACAAAAAUAGGCUUUAUUUUUCGGUUCAAGUCCAUGGGGAGACAGACAGAGAGAAGCUGCUGUUAGUAUAUCAGACAAAUGAUCAAAUAGUCAAUGGACUUUUCCCUGUAAACAAAGAACUAGCGAUGGAAUUGACAGCUCUCUUAGCUCAGAUUGAGAUUGGAGAUUUUGAACGGCCUUUCUCAACUCCAGCAGGGCAAGUCACUUCCCAGUCCAAGUCCAAUCAAACAUUAAAACAAGUUUUGGAGAAAUUCUAUCCUAAGAGAUACAGGCAUGGUUGUUCAGAGGAACAGUUAAGACAGCUUUGUCAGCGAUUGUCUACAAGAUGGAUGGCUCUCCGAGGGCACAGUGCUGCAGACUGUGUGCGCAUUUAUCUCACUGUAGCCAGAAAAUGGUCUUUCUUUGGUGCUAAAUUGUUUGCAGCAAAACCUCUAGCAACGUCCUCAGUCGAGAAGCCCUUCAUAUGGUUUGCUGUACAUGAAGAUGGCAUAAGCAUCCUAGAUUACAGUUCUAUGCGAUUAACAGUUACAUAUACAUAUAAGAGUCUGAUGACUUUUGGAGGCUAUCAAGAUGAUUUUAUGUUGGUUGUCAACAAUGCUCACACAAAGGACAAAUCAACUGAAAAGCACCUUUUUGCCAUGACAAAGCCAAAGAUUCUUGAGAUCACUCUACUGAUUGCCAGCUACAUUAACAACUGUCAUCAGCUGAAAGGAGCUACUCAUCACCUCUCUGCUCCAGCAUUACUGACACCUCAAAGUGGACAGAAACUCAAGGAAACGGGCAGUCAGCCACUUCUUGCAAACAACAGACCAACUAAAUGUCCCACUUUGUUAUGAAAGCAUUACGUAUCAUGAUAAUCCAUCUUUUUUACAGGGUUUCUACACUGACUGAAAACUUUUUUGAUGUACAAGACAUAGAGCAUGAGCAGGUCCAGAACCAAAAGGCAGACAGGUUUCCAUUCAUUUCAAUGGUAUAUAACAGCAGAAGCCCUUUAAUUAAAGCCCUGGCCUGAACUGGAAUGAUGAUGAGCCAAUUAAAGGACUAUGCUUUAAUGGUGGUGGCUUGCACCUACAACUCAAAAGUAAAUGUGUCUGUUGAUAGUGAUGGGGAAAGGUGGCCUUGGGAACAGUUGUAUAGAUUUGAGUCAUUUUCCAGAUAUUUACUCAGGGACCAAACUGUCUUCAGCUCUUAACUCUUCAUCUCUAUCCUUCAAAAUUAUACAAGUUGUAUAACCUUCAUUUUGAAAAGGAAUUUUUGUUUAAAAAAAAGUCAAACAGAAUAUUUUCCACAUCCAGCACCCCUCCUUAUUUGCAGUACAAGCACCAUGGGACAAAAAAGAACAAAUUGUUUGAUUUGUAUAAUUGUUUCUCCUUCAAAAAAAAAAAGUGUAUGCACAUCAUGUAACUAUUAUAAAUCUAAAGACUAUUCUCAUGAUACACUCUAGCCUUUGUUAUACAGCUGUUUUACUUGGCAAAACUUCAGCCUUGGUCUGGUAAACUUCUAAAUAAUCCCUCUCUGCCGCAGCCUUUUGGAAAAAUCUAAAUUGGACUGGCACUGUAUUUAGCAUAGUUUUGUUAAACAAUCCCAUACCUAAUUUCUUCUUUAUCCAAAAUAGUAGUAUAACUCACAAUUGAAAACACACGAAUAACACAGAAGGACAUUGCUUGAACUGUUGUGUCUAAACUUGGAGGCAUAUGUGACAUAUAAAAUCCAUGUAUAAUAUGUAUAAUGUAUAUAGAAUGAUUCAGAAUAAUAUUUUGUAAAAGUUGCACUUUUUCAUUUGUAUCUAUACAUUUCAUAUUAUAAUACUAAUAUAAUGUUCUUGCACACUGAAGACGUAAUGCUGGAUCUGCACUGUUGGACUUGGGAACACUUUCUGGUUGCCUUUUUCAGCUGCAAGCCUCAGUGCUACAUGAGGUCAAGUACAUAGAAGUUACACCUAUUUUUUUCUUCCAAUCCCCACAUUUUCAUUUCUGUGCAAAGAAACCAGUUCUGCAGGCUCUGCAAUGGAUCAUCAGCAUACUCUAAUAGAUAAUUUAGGUCUAACCAUAGAGAAGGUAUUCAAACAUAAAUCCCUAUUUGAGAUAGAUAUAUUUCACAAUUUCCACUUCUGCUCAUGCUAACGAUCCUGGAUCAUUAAUCCCUUACAGCUAGCCAUCAUCGUUUGGGUUUUUUUUAAUUACUUAAAACUGAAGUAAUUUCACAAUGAUGAAUUUUAAUAUUUGAAGGAUGAAAAUCUCCUUUGUUUUAUAACAUUUAAACAUUUCAGAUACAUACAUACUCAUAUUGAGAGAAAUUUUCAGCUGUUUGCCCUCUAUGAAAUGUAGGGAGUUCUAAGGAAUUCUUUCCUGAAGAAUUAAAAUAGAUUGGAAGGGAUAUACAGGUUGUGAAAAGAAUAUGCACUUAAAAGUGGAAAGCCAAAUUGGCCAGCUGACUUGAUGUUUCUUCUGAAAGCUCUCAAAGUCCUGGCACAGCUACUUAAGUCUGCAGAACCCAAGCACCAUUUUAUGAACGGUACUAUGGGCCAACAUUUUGCCUUGAAAAUUACAAGCAAAUAACAAGCAUACUGUAUCUAGAUGCUUUCACAUUUGCAGCGUGGGAAGAGCUUCUGGUAAGUUUUACCUUAUGGUGGUGGUUCUGGUACAGGAUCCUUCUCUUUCAAGAAGGCAGGUUUUACCUCCUAGUGGUCAGCCAAUCUCCUGCAGUCAUCAGGGAAAGCAAAUGGGAAGCUACAAGAUACCCUGGCAUCAACCACAGCAUCUGCUUGUGCUGCACCCCAUGUGAAGUGAUGCAUAUUGUGUGGAGUAAUUGGGCUAGGAAUUAAUACCCCUUUGCAAUCAGCAGAAGAGUUAACUUUCAGCAAUUUGAGGAGUGGGAGCAUCCUGUGUGCAUAUUCAAACAGAUGCUACUGCAUCAGUUAUACACAGAUCAUAGUCUAAAGCUUCUCAAAUAUGAUUAGAAACUGCAAUUUACAAAUACGGAAAUUUUCAUGUCAUGAAAUUACAAUGGACAUCAACCUAGAAUACUCCAUCUAGUAACUCUUUCCCGAUUGUCCAGUUUUAAAUGAAUGUGGCAGAUCAGGUUCUAUUAAAAGACAAAAAAGUGGAGCAUGUGGCUAGUGAGCUUGUUCACGAAGUUUUUAAAAUCUUAACAAAGUUUGGAGACAACAUAAUAUACAGUACACACAGCCAAUGUGGAGAUUUUGAGUCUUUUAAACAGUUUUCAUUAACACAGCCUUACAACCAGCUGUUUUAUAAAGCAGUAUACGAUCUACAAAGUAUAGUAUGAUGUUCCUGCCUGCCUUUCUGUAGAUAACUCUCGCCAUUUUUAGCAUUAAGCUCUUGCUUAAUGAUGCCCUACAUCAUGGUGCCAGAAGCAAUUCAUGCCUUAGUCUCCCUUGUCUUGGCAGCACUUUCCAGACUUGCUACUACUAACUACUCAUUAUACUACUCAUUAAUCCCAUGUAGUCACAUUACCAGAAAUCCUGUUAAUUUUUACGAAAUAAAUGCACUCAGAAUCACAGUUACUGUGACAUCACUGCACUAAACAAAGAAGUUUCUUCCAGGAUUUUGAUUAGCAAGAGCGAGGUUUCUGUAGUAUGAUAUCAUAGUAACCUCCUCAAGCAGAAGCUUCUCUUCAAGUUAAUGGAGUCAGGAAGUAGUGUCUUAUACACACAAGCACACUUCAACAGCUCGGCUUGCAAACACAGCUGUGCAAGUCUCAGGGAACUUGUUCCAUGUUAAUCUAGCUCCAGAGCUACUUAGAGGAUCCCACACGAUGUAAGACAGCAAAGCUGGAAAUUUCAAGAGUCCAGGCAGACAAUCUGUUCUGCCUUCCCUACCCAGCCCGAGCCUCAUGAGUGAUCCACAUCUCAGUCUGAACCUUGAGUGACCCGCCAAAACAAUUCAUCCCAUGCUACCUAAUCCCUGAUUAGGCCCCAGUAGGAACUAGACAAUUCUCACCUAGUCUUCAGCAGUGAUGAGGUGAUGGGAGCUGUCAAAAGAGCAGCAACCUCCGGGACCAGUGCUGAAGAACUUCCCCUGCUGAAGCCUUUCAGAACAUGGGCUGUAAAAAUAUUCUCAGGCUGAGAUUAACGUGUUAGCACGUGCAAGGAGACUUCACCUUCUAUCACGAACUUCAGAACAUCUUUUGUGCUUGCUUUGAGCUAGCCAUCAGUAACAAUGAUCAGUAUAAAUGGUCAAUGAAAUGGAAAGAUCACUGGUAACUCUGUAUGAACAAUCACAAUGAUGUGAAAAUAAUAUUUGGAAUGCAAUGUAAAUUAAUAUAUUACCUGAACUUCA